CUCUGCAGUGGUUCAUUCUCUCCUGCGCCGGCUGCCGACACACACGCCACCCACCCUCUCCACCCCUCCUCUGGCUACUCAUCCCAGCAUGCUGCACGUAAUCAGGGGUAAGACCGACAGCCUCUGCCUAUAAAUAAAUGCAGCGUUUCCUGCGUAUGCACACACGCUGAGUGACUAUCAGCAAGCCACUGCCGGCAACUGGGAGUCACAGAUCACAGGAACAACGACGCAUCACAUGCUCAGGUCCUCUACAGUUCACUCUGGUCCAGGACACACUGCGGAGGAGAUUCAGGAGACAAGGAGGCACUCUUGCAAGACUUGCCAACGCUCUUGAUUUUUUUUUGUCCCGGGUGACCCCUGCAACAACUCGUACCCAUCCCACCCAAGACACCAACACAUUUAUCCAAAGACAGACGGUCAAGUGAGCAGACAGUCUGACAUGGAGUUGCAACAAGGUAGAAGAUCCUUCCAGCACAGGUGUGCACGAACCGGCGAUGCAUUGCAUGCAGGUCUGGUCAUCACACUUUUGAUUGGAGUGUGGUAUGCCCAGGCAUUGGAGGUGACUACAGGGAAGGUUAAUUUUGUGGAAGUUUUGAAUGGAAGUUCUGUGCUCUUACCCUGCACUUACUCAAGUUGCAUCGGGAUUAAAAAUCUGUACUUUAACUGGCAUUUCAACGACAAUGGAACAAAGAUUCCGCUUUGUGAAGCGCUCAUUCCAGCUGAAGGUAUAGAACCAAACGUGAAGAUCGAUCACGAGCGGGUGGAGUUUGUUGGUUCCAGUAAGCGAAGUAACAUCUCCAUCCUUCUGCACAAUGUAACCUUUGAGGACCAGGGAGAAUACAUCUGCUUCGCCCGGAACUACAAGGAGAAGGAUCGCAACCAUAGUGCCACCUUCACUCUUUUUGUAGUGGAUAAAUUAAAAGUAGUGGACAACACAUUGACGCUCAUCAUUGUGUCUGUGCUGGGAGGCGUCAUAGGUCUGAUCGUCCUCAUCAUGGUUAUUAAAGCUGUGGUCGUGGCUGUUCUCACCAAGGUCCAGGAGAAGAAUAAAGAAUGCCUUGUGAGCUCUACAGGGAACGACAACACAGAAAAUGGCCUCCCUGCCUCCAAAGCAGACACCAAAGCGACACCAAAGGCAUGAAAAGAACUAUGUAUGUGUACAUAUAUGAGCACACGUAUAUAUGUACACAUGCAUACAUACAUGUAACAGAUCGAACGAAAGUCAUAACAAUGGACAGUUUGUUCUUAUUAUCUUAUAAAAAAUGCUACAUAUAAAUAUGUUAAAAAAUAUAUACUAUAUUUUAGAUUGUGCUUGAGGAAAAAUAUGAGAUGCCAUGUGCUGGAUCAUACACCCUGACCUGAAAAAAAUAACUGUACAGAAAGCAUUGAUUGAUUGAUGUUGCAUUGGUGUGCCUCCAUUCUGCUCUGACUUACCUGUGACACACACACACAAACUGCCUUGUACACACUGCCAUAUCUGUUCAAUGCUUCACAGCACAAGAACCACGUAACCGAAUGUUUGCGAAAACUUCCAGUGUGACCUUAUACACCUUCACACUGCAUUCCAGACAAUCCCGAGUCGACACAAAACGCUUUUGUGGAGGAAUAACAGACACAUAAAAGCAGAAAAUAACCACCGGUGCCUCAUAGAAUUGGAAAAUGUUUACCACAAACCCAAGCAGCUAACACACAGAUUUUUAACCACUCCCACUAAUUUUACAAGUGAUUAUUAGGUCAUAAAGAGCAGGAUGUGAGGGCACCAUCAAGCCAGAAAUAUACUCUACACAACUAUUACACAUACAUAUGCAAUGCAAGAGCUUGGUUCUGUUUUACAUAAUGUGCAUUGCUGUUGCAGUAACGAACCUUUGUACUCCAGGGGCGAUAGAGGGAAAGUUAUUGCUCUGCCAUCAGAGUGAUAAAAAUUAUUGUAAAAGUUGACUGUGCCAUAACUGAAAAUAUAGCACAUGCUUGCGUUUUGCAUUUGAUUCUGACGUAUGUCAAAAUGCAGUCACACAGGACUGUGAGCUUGAAGCAUUUGCGUCUGUGUGUUUGCGUAGAGUAUAAGUCCUACUGUUGUUUGAAGGUAAAAGACUUUCCACCGAUGCAGAUAUAAGGGGUAUACUGUAUAUAUCCAGGAUCCAGUCCUGCGCUGUAUUGUUUUCUUUUGAUGUGAAUUUUAUUUUCUGCUUUAGAUAAAACACAGGUGCCUGUAAACGCUUUAAGCUUCACAUGCUUCCUGGGAGCCUUCAAAUGCUAUCGAAAUAACUUAAUUAAACGACGCUCACGUAAAAUGCAAAAAAAUAAAAAACAACAACAAAAAAAUCUUCAACACAAAAAUAUACAAAAA